AACGAGGUGGAGGCGUCACUAGCUGAAUUCGAGGCCGCAUUGGAGCUCGACCCUUCCCAGAUCCCCUAUCUAUGGCAGAGAGGACUUUCACUCUUCUACCUCAACAGAUUUGCAGAAGCUUCACAGCAAUUUCGCGCGUGCAUUGCAGCAAACUCAAGAGACGCAGAAGAGUCCAUCUGGUGCUUUGUCUCUGAGGCCAGGGCCAAUGGAGUGGAAUCAGCCCGAGAAAGCAUGCCAGAGGUCCCUCGAGACCCAGGGAAGGUGCUGCGCGCAGCGUAUGACAUGUUCAAAACGGGUGCCGACCCCUUGCUGGUGUUGGCAGCAGCAGGGGAUGACGAGGGGGGGUCAUCAGCCUUCUAUGCCCGGUUAUACGUCGGCCUCUUCUUUGAAAUCAUGGGGGAUGAGGCCACGAGUAGGAAGUACAUCCAAUCAGCAGCUGCCACGGAAUACGCCUGCAGAUCGUCAGACUACAUGGCAGCAGUGGCACGGGUGCAUUGCUUGAGACGGCAAUGGCCACUCCCACCCUCCAACUUUGACAAUUAA